ACGUUCAAAAUCUUCAUCGCUCUCUCCAUUCUUGCUGUGGCUGUUUUCACUGCUCAAUUCCACAUCAAGUCCGAUCUUCUGUCUGCUGGAAUCUCCGAGUCUUCCGUUGAUGGAAUUUCAGUAAUUGCGAAAGACUUUUACGCUGCCAACAAGCCAGCACUAGGUCAACAAAUGGAUCAUGAAACCAAGGCAACUCUAUUCGAACAGUUUAUGGAAAAGGUUGGAGAAUUCAUACAAACUCAAUCUUCCGAAGAUCAAGCUGCUUUGAAGAAGCUCUUUAAAGAGAAGAAGGCAGACUUCGAAGCUAGAAUGGCAGCUGCAAUUUGA